AUGGAGGAAGAUUACGAAUGCAGUGAAGAGAAUUAUAACAGCAAUCGCAAUACCAAAGAUUAUGUCCAUGACUGUGAGGGAAACAGUGACGAUUCGAUGGUAUCUGAUGCCUCUUCGGCCCCAAGUCACCAUCAUCAUCAGCAGAAUAAACAAAAGGAUGGUCAAGGUAGUCAUGGCAAGUAUAAUUCUAGCAAGCAUUCUACGCGCAAGGAGGCGAAGAAAGAAACAAGAAAAAGUUCUGAAAACAGCAGUAAAUCCAAAAAGGGACUCGGCGGUCAAGCCAAGUCUCGAAAGUAG